CCCCGCCACAGCGGGACCGGGAGCGGGACCGGGAGCGGCCGGAGCGCCACGGCGAGUCCUUGCGGGGGCCGCGGGCCGAGGGGCAGCGCUGGCGGGGAGCAGGGAGCGGUGACCCCGGCGGGACACGUGGGGCCGCUCCUCCGCAGUGUUCCUGCCAGCGGGGUUCAGCUCCUGCUGCCGAGGGACCCUCUGGAGGGAUCGUGGGGUUGGUGUUCUAUGUGAAUCAAUCGCAUUUCUUUGAGAGAGGAAGUUUGGCCUGCAUUUUAUGUGAUGUGUAUUUCACACAUUGACUCUAAAUAUCGCCGGUUCGGGAUUUCCAGAAAUUUCAAGUUGGCUAUCAAGAAAUGAAGGUUAGGAUGUGCUGCGCUACACUGCGAAAUCUUCUCCAAGGGCUGACCUUCAGUGCCAAGUACUACAAGCAUAGCCCUCCUCAAACAAUGUGUCUGUACAGUAAAAUUAAACCAAAAAAGUGCCACAUYCUGGAAUGUUCAGAAAGUACAUGGACACACAGGAUUGCAGCUCCUGGAARCAUCCUGCCAUGCAGAUUCUUUUCCUGCAAGCAGGAAGGAACAAGAGUCCCUUCCAAAAAGAAGCAAAAUACAUCCCCAGUAACUUCAGACAUUUUGCACAAGAACUUUCUGAAAUCAGAGCAGGAAAACUGGAAUGACAUUUCACCAACAUACAAAGCUAUAACAAAAAGAAUCAAAGCAAAACUGGAAGAAUUGCACAACAUGUAUACACUCCAUUCAGGAAGCCCAAGGAUGAGGUUUGGAGAGAAUGUGUACUUUGAGGAGAAUGGCUGCAUAUAUCUUACAAAAGCCAAUGAUGUAGAUGAAGGAAAUGCUGACAUUUUAUUCAGUACUGAAGAUCUUGGCUUUUCUGAUGCCUUUAUUCAACGGAUCAGAAUUUCACCAGAYCAGAGAUACAUGGCCAUUAGCUUAAAAAGUGAAAAUUCUGAAGARGCAACCUGCAUUAUUAUGAAACUUGGUAAUUCUCCUGUUGUGGAAAAAGUAAUUCCAAGUGUAUUUAGCUUUGAAUGGGCUGCAGAUGAUGUUUUGUACUACACAACUCAGAAGAACCUUAAAUGCCAGAAUGUGUUCAUGACCACUUUUACUUAUCAGAAAUAUACUAAGUUAGUUUAUACAGAACAAGAUGCAAGAUUCUUUGUAGACAUUUAUUGCACAAAAGACAGGCGUUUUCUCACUAUCAACAGCAACAGCAAGACAACCUCAGAAGUUUGGCUGGUUGACUGCAGACAUCCCUUUGAGUCACCUACUCUAGUGCAAGCACGAACCACAGGGGUUAUUUACCACAUCGAGCACAGAAAGGACCAGUUAUACAUUCUGACUACAUAUGGAGAACCUGCAGAAUACAAGUUGAUGAAGGCACCAGUAGCUUCCAGUGGCAAGGAGAACUGGCAGUUAGUUUAUGCACUGGAAAAGAAAACCAAGCUAGUAGACUUUGAGAUGUUCAGUGAUGACUGUAUUAUGUUCCUGAAGARUGCUGGUCAUCUUUAUUUAAAUGUGAUUUCUUUUGUUUCACACUCAGUUCAGUCAAUAAAGCUACCUACGUGGGCCUGUGAAUUUGAAUUGGAAUCUCAUCCUGAACAUACCAGCAGCACUUGCUAUUUUCAGCUCUCCUCCCCAGUACACCCCCCUAAGCAUUUUGCAUAUUCAUUUAAAGAAAAUAAUCUCAUUGAACAAGCUGUGCAAGAGGUACCAAUUAUUACGAAUUGUCACACUACACGUUUACUAGCUAAAAGCAAGGAUGAAACUUUGGUGCCAAUUACAGUUUUUCAUAAUAAGAAUUCUAAAGAACUACACAGGAGACCACUUCUAGUUCAUGUAUACGGAGCUUAUGGCAUAGAUUUGAACAUGAGCUUUAAAGAAGAGAAGCUGAUGUUAAUUGACGAGGGUUGGAUAUUAGCAUAUUGCCAUGUUAGGGGCGGAGGAGAGCAGGGCCUUGGCUGGCACAGAGAUGGAUGUCAGCAUAAUAAACUCAAAGGUCUCCAUGACCUCAGGGCUUGCAUCACGCUGCUGCAUGAACUGGGAUUGUCUCAGCCCAAACACACAGCAUUGGCAGCUGCCAGCGCUGGCGGAGUUCUUGCAGGAGCCCUGUGCAACACCAAUCCAGAACUGAUCAGAGCCGUGGUUUUACAGGCUCCUUUUGUAGAUGUUCUAAAUACAAUGAUGAAAACUCAUCUCCCACUGACAACUGAGGAACAAGAAGAAUGGGGAAAUCCAUUAGAAGAUGAAAAAUGUCUGAAGUAUAUAAAAAGCUAUUGCCCACUGCAGAAUAUUAAGCCACAGUGUUAUCCGUCAGUUUUUAUCAYGGCAUAUGAAAAUGAUGAACGGGUACCACUAACAGGAAUUUUACAGUAUGUUCAGAAACUCAGGAAGGCUGCACUAGAUCAUGCCAGCAGAACAAGUAAGAAAGUGAUCACCAGCUUCAUUGUUCCAGGAAACUGGCUUCCUAAUAUCAUCUUAGAUGUCCAGGCAAAUGGCAGCCAUUGUGAUUCAUCCUGGGAGCACUCAYUGAAUGAGGUUGCAAGACACCUUGCUUUUCUGAGCAGAGAACUUGAGGAAGUGUGCCAUCCCCAACAUCCCAGCAAAUCCUGCAAAUAG